GGUGUUGAAAAAUGAAUGUCGAAACUUUCGGUGUUGGUAGUCGUACAAAUAUAGCAUCGGUUUGGAAACACCACAUAAACCUUAACGGUGUAUAUCAAGUUAAAUAGUACAUUUUGUUAGUUGGUUAAGUAAUCAAUCUUAUUAAUUUGGACUUCUGACCAUAUAUAAUACGUUAAAUGUCAUUCAUUUUAUAAACGCACUUUUAAUGAUCUGGUAUAUGGGGCAUUCAACCAGUGAGAGCAGAUGACAGAACUCUACCGAAAUGUCCGGACUUGCUACCCAAAUGAACAUCUUCUCGGUAACGAGAACGAUGUUGACGUUGGGCCCAGCUCUGGGAUUUCUUGUCUACAUGUAUUCGAGUAUCUUGACUAUGAGGCAAGAUAUCGUCGACAGAGACAACAGGGUCAAAGAUGUUCCACUAAUCGAGCUACGGAAGUCCUACGACUUUAUCGUAGUAGGCGCGGGGAGUGCCGGAGCUGUUGUAGCUAAUAGGCUGAGUGAAAACCCAUACUGGAAUGUUCUGCUGAUAGAAGCAGGGCCAGAUGAAGUCACGCUAACAGACUUACCUCUGUUGUUUCCGACUUUGCAAUUAACGUUCCUCGACUGGCAAUAUAAGACAGAACCUGGCGCGAACUAUUGUCUCGGCCUAACGAACAAGCGUUGCAACUGGCCAAGGGGCAAAGUCCUGGGCGGUUCCUCGGUGCUAAAUGCUAUGUUGUACAUCAGAGGAAAUAAAAAGGAUUACGACAGAUGGGAGCAACUUGGAAAUCCCGGAUGGCGCUACGAAGAUGUUUUGCCAUAUUUCAAGAAGUCAGAAGAUAUGAGAAUUCCAGAAUUACGCGAUGACCCCUACCACGGCAAAGGUGGAUACUUGUCAGUUGAAAAUUUUAGAUACCAUUCUCCCAUGGCACAAUGGUACUUAGAUGCGGCAAGGGAACUAGGCUACGAUGUGUUAGAUGUAAACGCUGCCCAACAGACUGGGUUCACUUUGUCACAUGGUACCCUCAGGGAUGGGCUACGGUGCAGCACUGCAAAGGCGUUCCUUAGACCAAUCAAAGAUCGCCCUAAUUUGCAUAUAACCAUGCAUUCUACUGUAGAAAAGGUGCUCAUCCACAACGACACAAUGCAAGCAUAUGGAGUGGUAUUCGACAAAUUUGGUGUUAAACGAACAGUAUAUGCAGAAAGAGAAGUGAUAUUAAGUGCUGGAUCCACCAAUUCGCCACAUUUACUGAUGGUAUCCGGUGUCGGUCCUGAGGCUCAUCUCCAAGCACAAGGCAUUGAUGUCAUCCAAGACCUUCCUGGUGUAGGGCAAAAUCUCCAGGACCACCUCAACUUUUUCGGUUUCUUCGUCAAACUAGAUCAUAACGCAGAAAAGCCACAUUCUCCACUAACGAAUCUAGAUGCAGUUUACGAGUACUUUACGCGUAGGACAGGGGCAAUGGCGGGCAUAUCAAUAACAAAUCUGAUCGGAUUCAUAAACACGAAAAAUGAUUCGAAGUAUCCUAACGUACAGCUACAUCAUAUGCUACUCAGGUCGGCAGAUCCUUAUCUCCUACCAGCAUUUUCUAAGGCAGUUGGAUUUAAAGAUGAAUCGGUGGAAAAACGAUUGAUGGUAAAUGCAAACAAUCCGGCCCUAAUCAUAACAUCGCUGAUACUCAAUCCGAAAUCUAGAGGAGACUUGGAAUUAAGAAGUAAGGACAUAUAUGAGGCGCCAGUUAUUCGCCCUAAAUAUUUGACGGACCCAGAAGAACAUGAUUUGAAUACACAUUUGGAAGCAAUCAGAUAUUGUCAAGCCCUGCUCCGAACAGCCUCCAUGUCGAAACACAACCCCGAACUCGUCCACGACGUCAUACCAGCAUGCGACCAGUUCCCAUACGAUUCCGACGAGUACUGGAAAUGCGCGAUACGGCACAUGAGCGGAACCUUGUACCACCCAGUAGGCACUUGCAAAAUGGGCCCCAAGGACGAAUCCACGGCUGUGGUGGACUCAAAGCUGAGGGUCAUCGGCGUGAACCGGCUUAGGGUGGCGGAUGCCAGCGUCAUGCCCACCGUGACCAGUGGAAAUACAAAUGCUCCCACCAUGAUGAUAGGGAGGAAGGCUGGAGUGAUGAUAGCCGGGUAUUGGAGUAAAGUCAAGGACGAGCUGUGAUAUUUUUAAGAAUUUGUGUUAAGUUAGUUGUAAGAGAUGUAAUAAAUUGGUGUGUAUACAGGGUGUUCGAAAGUUGGUCGGAAAUAUUUUAAAAAAUAUGAAAAAAAGUUUCUAUAAACGACGUACGCGAACAAAAACAAAACAACAUAUUAACUACUGUUAGCGUUUGCGAAAAUUAGUAAGAUUGUGGUGAUUGUGGUCGAUAUAAAGCACUUAAAGUUGUAAACUAUAAAGCCAUUUAGACAAAAAUCUAUUGAAUUUUGGACCAUGGGUCAUAUGAACUUUUUGACUUGUUUUGACCCCUCGUAUUACCCAUACUAAUAAUGACUACCAUAACGUUUACACCCUGUAUACAAGUGCGGUUGCGAACCAGUGGUUUGAUGGUCGGAAGGGCAAUGACAAUAAGGUCUUUUGGACUGUUUUCAAGCCGUCCCCCUCUUGUACUAACUCUGGCCCCGAACUGAGUUGUGUUCAGCGAUGAGUCCAGAUUCUGUUUGGGCACACAUGGUGGCGGUGUAAGAGUAA